AGCGCUAGUUCAGAGCUUGAUGCGCUAGUAGAAAGAACUGUUCGUUUGCUCAUCACAACCGUCAACGUUUAUAUUUAUUGCAACUUUGGAUUUAAAUACUUCAUACAAUGGCUUCGUCAGAUCAUAGUGGCAGCCCCAGGUCUGAAGCAUCACCUGCUCCGCAGCGGUCACGCUCCCACACACCAGCUCCUCGGCAUCGACCCUCCCGUUCACGUUCACGCACGCCUCACCGGCGCGCUCGCUCAUCGCGCAGUGGCAGCUCAGCUUCAUCGUCCUCACGCCGCAAUGGCUAUGCAGAAGGUCGUUCGUCAGCCCGAGCGUCCCGCAGAUCCCGCUCCCCCAUGUCAAACAGGCGCCGCCAUGUGGGCACACGUGAUGAUCCUGUCCCUAACAAGUGCCUGGGUGUGUUCGGCCUCAGCACCCUCACCAAGGAGUCGCAGCUGCAGGACAUCUUUGAUAAAUUUGGAGAGAACACGGUCAAGAUUGUGACUGAUGCCAAG